CCCCCGCACAUUCCAGAAGCUUCUUCCCCGCCACCACCGCCGCCGCCGCCGGCGAGGAUGGGGACCCGUGCCCUUCCGCUCCCUUGCCAAUUCGAGCUCCUCCUCGGCGAAGACCGCGACCGGUGGCCGCCGGAGGCCAGGUUCAUCGAGGCCGCCCACCGCGGCGACGUCCGCGGCAUCAAGGAGAUUGCAAAGGAGCUGGACGUGCACGGGCAUGGGAUCCCGGUGACGGUGGCCAGCACGAGCUACAUGGGCAUGAACGCGCUCCACGCCGCUGGCGGCCGCGGCAGGCUGCCCACGUACGAGUACCUCGUCGAGGAGGUCAAGAUGGACAUCAACAAGCCUGACACCUCCCAGGAUUAUUCACCCGUGGAGCAUGCCGUUACCUAUGGCAACCUUCCUGCCGUCAGGUACCUUCUUGAUCAAGGCGCCGAUGUGCAUCAACAACGUUCAGGAAACAUCAGUCUUCUUCAUUCAGCUGCAGCUCAUGGGCACUGUGAAAUAGUAAAGUAUCUUCUAUCUAGAGGAGUGGAUAUUGAUGCACAAUCAAUUAUUGGGACACCACUCGCUUUUGCUGCUCAGAAAGGACAUGCUACUGUUGUGAAGAUACUUUUGCAGCACAAUGCAGAUCCCAACAAGGGUACUUGUAUUCUUGGACCUUUAGACAUGGCGUUACACAAAUCUAAUGUGUCUUGUGCGAAGCUAUUGAUUCAGGGUGGAGCUAAUGUGAGCGGUGCUGGCCCUUGUUAUAAUCCCUUGAUAACGGCUGCAGAGAAGGGCUUAACUGAAGCUAUCAAGUGCUUGUUGGAAGCUGGUGCAAAUCCAAAUGUUCUUGACCAGUUUGGUAGAUUGCCAAUAGAAUUGGCUGCUGAGUAUGGUACACGGGAAGACGUUGAGAUGCUCUUUCCUUCCACCUUGCCAAUUUCAACUGUGACAAAUUGGAGCGUUGACGGUAUCGUUAGUCAUGUGAAGAUGGAAAUCAAGCAGCUUGAGGAUGACAAUUUUGUCCAAACGAGGGCUUCUGACCUGAAACAACAAGGGGAUGAAGCAUUUAAGAAGCAGGAUUAUCUGAAUGCAUCAGUGUUCUACACACAGGCUCUGAAGAUGGAUAACUUCGACGCGAAGUUGUUAUCAAACAGGAGUCUUUGCUGGCUUCGCAUGGGUAAUGGGGAAAGGGCUUUUGGUGAUGCACAUGAAUGCAUAGCGCUUUGCCCGAAAUGGGCAAAGGCACACUAUCGGCUAGGCGCAGCUUUUAUGUUUAUGGAGGCGGCAUGUGAAUUUGGAGAAAUCAUGUGUUCCCAAAAUCGGAAGGCGGCUUCUAGGCGCCGAUUUUUUGCCUAUGUGGAAGGCUUAGCACCUGUACAAGGUGGAGCAUUGGGAGGGGUAAAUAAAGUGCCAGCGCCUGCGACGGUGACUGCAGUUGAGGCGACGCCGGUGCCAUUGCAAGCAUCCAACAAAUGUAAGUUCCCGAUCAUUGACGUGGACCAAGAUCCACCAGGGAGCAGAGACGUCGAUGAUGCGGGGAGUGUCGAUCACAUCGGCCGCCUCCCGGAUGCCGUUCUUUGCAGUAUCGUCUCUCUUCUCCCCACCAAGGAAGGUGCCCGCACGCAAGUCAUCUCUCGCCGAUGGCGUCCGCUAUGGCACUCCGCUCCUCUCAACCUCGUGGUGGACCAAGAACUCAACAGCAACAACCACAAUUUGGGCGACUUGAUUUCAAAGAUCCUCUCUGUGCAUCCUGGCCCCGCACGCCGCUUCUCGCUCUGCCUCUCUAGUAGCAAGUAUCAUGGCAAGAUCAAAGGCUGGCUUAGUUCCCAAGCCCUGGACAAGCUACAGGAGUUUGAGCUCAUCCCCAAACACUGGUUUGACGUCAGGGAUACGUUCUACCUACUGCCAUUGUCCGUCUACCGCUUAGCGCCCACGCUCCGUGUGGCCAAGUUUGGCGGCUGCCGUUUCUCCGACUGGAUUGUGAAGCUGUCGCUCAAGUUUCCGUGCCUCAAGCAGCUCACCCUGGAUAGAGUCGCCAUCUCGGAGGACGCUCUCCAGAGCAUGCUCUCUGACUGCUAUGCCUUGGAGAGCCUUGAGCUAAAGAAAAAUUCUGUCUUUCGUCGCCUCUGCAUCAGCUCCCAAACUCUUAAGAGUGUAGGCUUUUGCACUAACUGGUUUAAAGAAAGUGUCCCUUUGCAAGAGUUGGUCAUCGAGGAUGCCCCGUGCCUUGAGAGAUUGCUACCACUUGUUCCACAGGUUGGCCCAAGGACCAUACGGGUAAUCUCGGCACCUAAACUGAACAUAUUGGGUGCACUCUCUACAGGCAUAACAGAACUUCAGCUUGGAACCACAGUUUUCCGGAAUAUGAUUGCUAUUGACUUGACAACCAAAAUGCACAGCGUGAGGGUGUUGGUUCUUGACUACACUAAUCUGGAUAUAGUGGUUAACUUCCUCAAGUGCUUCCCCUGCUUGGAGAGGCUGCAUGUCUUUUUCCAGUCAAGGAUGAGUUGUAUUAACCCCCAGGAGUAUGACCCACCGGAACCGAUUGAAUGCCUUGAGCUGCAUCUCAAAGAAGUACUGUUGAAGAAUUAUAAUGGCACCAUCCCUUUGUGUAUUGACUUUGCCAAGUUCUUUGUUUUGAAUGCGAAAGUGCUAAAGAAAAUGAAAAUCACAUUGCCUUACCACCGGCAGUAUAACUGGUUUGCUAAUCAACACCUGCUGCUGCGGACCAAAGAUAGAAUUUCUCAAGAUGCUCGGAUUGAACUGAGAUGCGGCAAUAAUGUUUAUUUCAGAGACAACAGGAACACCCAUGAUUUGUCAAUGGCUGAUCCUUUUGACGUGCCCUCCAGCGGAUGUAAAAAGUGUAGUGGAUCCCCAUUUUGAAGAUUGCCUUGCCUAGUGUUCAAAGCCCAACUUUAUGUCGCUGGUUUUGUUUCUAGCCUGACGCUCAAAGAAAGGAUCUACUUCACUCAGUGAUGGAAUGUUUUGUGGCCUAGUCAGAAUUAUACCUGGUGGUGGAGGAGGUGGUGUCUAAGCUCAGGCUUCAAAUCCGAACUUGCCGCUUGAAGGGGUUCGUCAGUAGUUUAUUUUAUAUGUGCUAUUGCGCUGGUUUAGAUCUGUAAUGCUUAGUUGGUUGUGGUAAUCUGUUUUGUUGCUUGGUCCUGUAAUUUAAGCUGCUGAUGGAAGCAGCUAGUACUAUAUUUAUCUACUGUAUCCUAUAACUUGCUUUAGUGAAAAAAGAUGAUGACCUUCAUGCCUUCUGUCUCAAAUUUAUCCCUUUGCAAUUCAUGUCAGAAUGUUUGCAACCUUGUCUCUGCUAGUUUCAGUGAAUAGUGCAUCUUUGGUUUGUAGAAGUGUUCAUUUAUCGUUCCAGCUUUCAGGUGAUAAUUUGAUGUCAUGAAACCAUGUAGUGGUCUAGCUUACUUGAUUUUUCCUUCUCUGCAUAUACGCAAUAAUAUUACUCCUACUUACUAAUUUGUGCG